AUGGCUUCGAUAGCAACAUCAAAGCUUAUUUUUACUGCAUUCUUGAUGCUGACAGUGUUGGCUUCUCAGGCUGUGUGCCGCAACUUGAACGAAGCCUCAAUGAUUGAGAAACACGAGCAGUGGAUGGCGCAAUAUGGCCGUGUUUACAAGAAUGAGGCAGAGAAGGGAAAUAGGCACAAGAUUUUCAAGGAAAAUGUGGAGUUCAUUGAAUCAUUCAAUAAGGCUGGGACUAAGUCUUACAAGUUAGGCAUCAACCAGUUUGCUGAUUUGACAAAUGUAGAGUUCAGAGCAGCACGCAAUGGCUACAAACCAAAGGAAUGUAAAGGAACACUGUUUAGGUAUGAGAAUGUAAGUGCAGUUCCAGCUGCCAUGGACUGGAGAAAGAAGGGUGCAGUUACAGGAAUCAAGGACCAAGGGCAAUGCGGUUGUUGCUGGGCAUUUUCAGCUGUUGCAGCCACGGAAGGAAUUCACCAGCUUAAAACAGGCAAGUUGAUCUCCUUGUCUGAGCAAGAGCUAGUGGACUGUGACACUGCGGGUGAAGAUCAAGGCUGCAAUGGAGGUCUCAUGGAUGAUGCAUUUACCUUCAUAAUCAACAACAAAGGUCUUACUACUGAAGCCAAUUAUCCAUAUCAAGCAGUUGAUGGAACUUGCAACACAAACAAAGAAGCUAAACCUGCUGCCAAAAUCACUGGAUUUGAAGAUGUCCCUGCAAACAAUGAGGCUGCACUCUUGAAGGCUGUGGCCAAUCAACCCGUUUCAGUUGCCAUUGACGCUAGUGGCUCUGCCUUCCAAUUCUAUUCAAGCGGCGUCUUCACUGGUGAUUGUGGUACUGAAUUAGACCAUGGUGUGACAGCCGUUGGGUAUGGUAAAAGCUCUGAUGGAACUAAAUAUUGGUUAGUUAAGAAUUCAUGGGGAACUAGCUGGGGUGAGAAUGGAUACAUUUUGAUGCAAAGAGACAUCGAUGCUAAAGAAGGUCUCUGUGGCAUUGCCAUGCAAUCCUCUUACCCUACUGCUUAAUUACAACUCAAAAAAAUUGCUGAAGCUACCCUUAUACAAGAGCUUUGCUUUGUCUGUUGACUACAGCUCUGUGUAUUCUGAUGUUAAGUGAUUGUUGUAUAUUUUAA